GUCCGACCGACCGGAAAACUAGAGUGUCUCAAACAUUGCUCAUUACAAGAUACAAGAACUCCAUUCAACCAACUCAAACAGACACAAGUUUCACACUACAAAGAUGGCAAAAGGGCCAUAUCCACCAAGAAAUGCUUGGCAUUCCCCUCAUCUUUGAGUUACGCUCCAGUUUAGUUUUAGCCGUAAAGCGGUAAAGCCAACAUUGUCGCCUACAUUGCUAAAUUUCACAUCUGACGCGUUCUGCUACCUACCUCCAAAACCCAUCCAACCACUCAUUCAGUCCUUUUCUUUUUGGUAAGAACUCUUUCAGUUUUCCACACAAGGACGGAGACAGCAAUAACCACAGUUGGAAAAAGGAUUAGAGAAAUUUACAACUAGCCAACAAAAUCUAACCAAAAUUGAACAAUCCAAAUCCAUCAUCCAUCUCCAAUUCUAUCUUGAAAACAUCACCAUUUCUAUCUCUUAUAAACCCACCUAGCGGGAAGCAAUCAAAUCCCAACCAACCAACCAACCCAAUCUUUUCCUCACCGUCGCCGCUGUUUCUCCGGCCACGUCGUUGCCGCCGAGACAGAGAAAUCAUCUAUCAGCGGGAAUCUCCGUUGACCCAAUCUAACCCAGCUCCCUCAUCUCCUGAAUUUCUCCCCUUUCGUUCCCUGUUUGGCGUUCUCGAGAGUUCUCGUGGUCGUCGCCUGGUCAAAGAUUGGCUCCGGUCACCUGCUGUUUACCGAUAAACUAAGGUACGGGGAAAAUGUCGCCCUCGUUCUUUUAUGCUUUCCGGCGAUUGCCAUUUGAAGAACUUGUAUGAGACCGAAAUUUGGAACUGGGUCUUCGAGGAUUAGGCUGGUCGGCGAUUUCUAUGUAGAUAGACUACGCCAGAUUUUCUUUUUGUAUCUUCGAGGAUUAGACCGAAAAUUGGGUUGAGAAUUUGUCUUGGGAUGUAAUGGCGGAUUCAACGUGGUUCUGAUUGUGACGAAACUUGUACUGCAAAAGAAAGAUGUGGGCUUGGUAGGUUGCAAGAACAAGCACCUUUAGGGACAAAGUUCAAAUCUUUGAGUGCUGAGGCGUUUCACAAAUUGACCCGGGAAGUUUUCGGGCAACAGAAGAGUGCAUUUAUCUGAAAUUUGUGCCAUUCGGUUCUGAUAUCGUUGAAUUUGUGAUUGCAUCGUAGUGAAAACGUUGGCUAUUCAUGCUGCUGCAUUAUUUACUUAUAAGUUGCUUUGACCUUUUGAUUUAUUCUGUUCAUUGUUAUGAGCAGGCCUUUUGGGUAUCUGUCAGGAAUACGAGUAAGAGAUAUUGAUCUUCGGUUUUGUAAUUGAUCUUUCCCCUUGUACAGAUAAAAGUAUUGCCGAUCCUGCUCUAUAACUGUGUUGUUGAAUACAAGAUCUCCUAAUGGAGCAUCGAUCAGCAUCACCAAAAACAGAGGACCUAGAUGCCCCUCUCCACUUGUUAGGGUUUGAAAUUGAGGAAGUGUCACCAAGCAAAGUCACAGGCCGCCUUCUGAUAACAGAAAAAUGUGUUCAGCCUUUCAAGGUGCUGCACGGUGGAGUAUCUGCCUUGAUGGCAGAGUCUUUAGCUAGCAUGGGGGCGCAUAUGGCCUCCGGGUACAAAAGGGUUGCUGGCAUUCACCUCAGCAUUAGUCAUUUGAAGCAUGCUGAUCUCGGCGAUCUUGUUGUCGCUGAAGCCACUCCUGUCAACGUCGGCAAAACCAUCCAGGUCUGGGAGGUGCAAAUUUGGAAAGUUGAUCCUUUAACCACAGACAAGAAGGCUUUGAUUUCAUCAUCCAGAGUCACUCUCCUAAGCAACAUGGCGGUGCCGGAACAUGCCAAAGAAGCUGGUGAUAAACUCAAGAGAUAUGCUAAACUGUGAAAAAUAUGUUGUGUGUACUGUAAGGUUAAGGCAUUACCCGGUGCGAAUAUUCAAUCGUACUACAUUCUGUACAGAAGAGAACUCUUUGAUUGUGUUGGGCGAGAUAGAAAUAAAGAAAAUGCAGCAGAGAGCGCACAUGGUUGAUCCACUCUCACGAGACCUUGGUGUUCAAUAUCGUUGCAGAUCUUAGGCUCUUCUCUCUUGUCGGUGCUCUGAGCUGUGAUGGUGAGGUGCCAUGGCUCCAAUGGUUCGACCUUAGGUCCGUCUUCUGGUCUCUUGUCCUGCUGUUGUUGUGUUAAUGUCGCUUCUUUUGGUUAGAGUAGCGGUAUGAAUAGACACCAAGUGAGGAGACGAAGGCAAAUGAGAUUUUACAUCUGGAAUCCAACACAAGAGCUAUUGGCCAAGAAGUUUUAGAGUGGGCUUGGGCUCUUUAAGUUGUAAGGUGGGCUUAGCCCCAUUGAUGUCAAUCAAUUUUUUUGAACCAAAUAAAUGGGGUUAAUUGCA